AUGCCCAUCGAGACGGAGCGCAUCGCCACGCGGCACCACACCGCCGACGGCUUCCCGCUGGCCCUGACGCUGUUCCAGCCACGCAAGGCGUCGGACGUGGUGGGCACCGUCGUCUUUUCCAACGCCACGGGCGUCCAGGCGAGGUUCUACCACCACUACGCCGCCUUCCUUUCGACCCAGGGGCUGGCCGCCUACACGUUCGACUACCGGUACAGCGGCGCCUCGUUCCCGCCGCACUGGGACGCAAGGCGGCUGGCCGAGGACCAAGACUACCUCGAAGAGGCGCUGCACGAGUGCCCGCGCGGAGUCGACCUCACCGAGACGUGGUGCCGCCAGGACUUGGCCUCGAUCGUCGAGCGCGCCUACUCGACCUACCCCGCGGUCGACCUCACCGUCGUCGGGCACAGCCUCGGCGGCCACCUGAUGGUCGUGCUGCCGCGCUCGCACGUCUACGGGCCCGUCGCCAAGGUCAAGCGCAUGCUCAACGUGUGCGGCGGGAACGCCUACUACGAGAACCAGCGGGACCCGCAGGAGGCUGAGUUUGGCUUCACCGAGCUCGUCCUCAAGCCCCUUAUCGAGGACAGCAUCUUUCGCGCAUCCAACCUCGGCCUCGGAUACGACCUGCCCUACGGACCCGGGAGGGAGUGGAUGGACUGGUACUUUCACCCGCACUUUGCCUUUAACCGGCGCGAGAACCUCGACCUGGCGAGGAGCCUGGUCGGCGUCGAGCUCCUCUAUGUCGGCUUCGAGGAUGAUGACCGCAUCGACAAGCUGAUGAUGGAGCGGUACAUGUCGAUGCUCAACCACAGCGACGGCCUGAAGCGAUCGCUCUGGGUCGAUCCGGCCAAACGAUCCCCGCGCUGGCCGGUCUGCGGCCACGUCAACGCGUUCACCAAGAGCAAGGCGUCAGAGUCGACGCCCGUCGAGCACGGCGAGGGCUACGCGCCCAAGGCCUCGUCUUCUUCGGACGCCGACAGCGCACCGCGGCUGAGGCGCGAAGAGACCAUCUGGCUCCUCUUCCUCGCCUACAUCCGCGGGCGGCCCCUCGACACGGCGGGCGACGAGUACCGCCUCUGGACGCCGGCCGACGAGCGCGACGUCGAAAAGGAGAGGAGCGACGAGGAGGAAAAGUGGCGCGGCAGGGCGUCGAGGUUCGAGGCGGCGCGGAUCCAGGUCGGUAAGGAGGCCAGCGUGUCUGCCAAGCUCUAG